CGGAGGCCCCCACGCGCCACACCGCCGUCGCCGCCAUCGUUGCCGUCCUCUACAUAGCCCCAGCCGGCAGUGUGAUCGCCGCCCAUCAGUUCCUUUCUAGUUCUCAUUCUGCCACACAAAACUAUGUCCACCAACGAAAAUGCCAAUUCCCCAGCUGCUCGUCUCAACAGAUUUAAGAACAAAGGAAAAGACAGCUCAGAAAUGAGGCGACGAAGGAUUGAAGUUAAUGUGGAACUGAGAAAGGCCAAGAAAGAUGACCAGAUGCUAAAAAGAAGAAAUGUCGGUACGUUUCCUGAUGAUGCUACUUCUCCUCUACAAGAAAACAGGAAUAAUCAGGGUUCGUCACAUUGGUCUGUGGAAGAAAUUGUCAAAGGCGUAAACAGCAAUAAUUUAGAACUGCAACUGCAGGCUACCCAAGCUGCUAGGAAACUACUGUCAAAAGAAAAACAGCCCCCCAUAGAUAGCAUAAUCAGAGCUGGGAUGAUUCCAAAGCUUGUAUCUUUCUUGGGCAGAUCAGACUGUAGUCCUAUUCAGUUUGAAUCUGCCUGGGCUCUCACCAACAUCGCUUCGGGCACAUCAGACCAAACCAAGGCUGUGGUAGACGGAGGUGGUAUCCCAGCAUUUAUUUCUCUGCUUGCAUCUCCCCAUUCUCAUAUCAGUGAACAAGCUGUGUGGGCUUUAGGAAACAUUGCAGGUGAUGGUUCUGCCUACAGAGAUCUGGUCAUAAAAUACGGUGCAAUAGACCCUCUUCUAGCGCUGUUUGCCGUUCCAGAUAUAUCUUCUUUAGCUUGUGGCUAUCUACGUAAUCUCACCUGGGCACUCUCAAAUCUAUGCCGUAACAAGAAUCCGGCCCCACCGAUAGAUGCUAUUGAACAGAUCCUUCCCACUUUAGUUCGCCUCCUGCAUCACGAUGACCAGGAUGUCUUGGCAGACACCUGCUGGGCCAUUUCCUACCUUACUGAUGGCUCCAACGACAGGAUUGAAGUGGUGGUGAAAACCGGAGUGGUCCCACAGCUAGUGAAACUUUUAGGAUCUGGGGAAUUGCCAAUUGUGACCCCUUCUUUACGAGCCAUAGGAAACAUCGUCACAGGGACGGAUGAACAGACUCAAAUAGUAAUAGAGGCAGGAGCCCUUGCUGUCUUCCCCAGCUUGCUCACUCAUCCCAAAACUAACAUCCAGAAGGAGGCCGCGUGGACCAUGUCAAACAUCACAGCAGGUCGGCAAGACCAGAUCCAACAAGUUGUGAAUCAUGGGCUGGUACCUUACCUUGUGGAAAUUCUAUCAAAGGGAGAUUUCAAGUCACAGAAGGAAGCUGUGUGGGCCGUCACCAACUACACAAGUGGAGGAACAAUUGAACAGAUUGUGUACUUAGUCCAGAGUGGAAUUAUGGAACCGUUAAUCAACCUUUUAUCUGCAAAAGACAGCAAAAUUGUUCUGGUUAUCUUGGAUGCAAUUACAAAUAUUUUCCUGGCUGCUGAGAAACUGGGAGAAACUGAGAAACUGUGUAUCAUGAUUGAAGAGUGUGGAGGUCUGGACAGAAUUGAGGCUCUCCAAUCUCAUGAAAAUGAACUGAUAUACAAAGCUUCCUCAACUUUGAUUGAGAAGUAUUUCUCUGCAGAGUACAGCUGCUUCGAAGGGGUCUCCGUUGAGAAUGGAGGAUGAUUAUAUGCAUACAGCUGCUUCCCCAAGAUGUAAAGAAAGAUGGUUCUUCUGCAUGUCAGGAACUGGGAUCUUCUAGAGUGGGGCUAAGUAAAGUGAAUUCCCAUCAAGCCUUGUUCACGGUGGUCAGAGAAAGGGAAAUUCCUUUGGCUCGAGGUAAUUAACUUGGGGUUAAUGAUUUCCUGGGAAAUCACUGAGGAAUGGGGUAUCCAACUCUCCAUUCCCACACCUCAGCCAGGUGGGUCAGCAGUUACUUUCCUGUCUCCAAAUAAGAUUCCCACCGGACACGUCCUGGCUCACUUGCCAGAGGACACUCAGCAGUUGACAGGCCAAGAGAGAAGCCUUAGGCCAAUA